CAAACUGGAGGCCGGCUAGGCACUGCUCGCUGCCCACGAUGGCCAUGGCGGUGGUUCGGGCUCUGCACCUCGCCCCAAGAACAAGUCCAAGCCCAAGAACAAGAAGCCCUCCAGUGGCGGCGGCCACGCCGGCGCACAGCAGCACCAACAGCCGCGCCCCACGUCCCCGGCGACACCCUGGGCAGCUGGGUCUCGUGCAAGCAUGGCCGAUGCCUUUCCGUGGUCCGGCUGCUGGAGUUCUGGGUCCCCGACCUCCAUUUUCCCAGCGGCAGGCCAUGGUGGCGCAACACCAGCCCGCGACGCCCUCGUACCAGUUCACGGCGCCACCUCUGCCCUCGGCGACCCAGGACGCCGGCGCCCAACCUUGGGACAUCAAGGCGCUCUACACUUCUCUCGGCUCCGCUGGCAUCGCCACCACCCCGCCGAGCGCCUGCGAGUGGUUCCUCGACACCGGCGCGAGUGCCCACAUGACCUCCAAUGCUGGAUCCUUGAACGUAGGCAGUGAAGGCCGAUGUAGCAGCGCCGGCGACCUCUACCCACUCUGGCUUGCACCACAUCAGUCCCUCCUCGGCCCUCGCCACGGCACCUGCUUCGGUGGAUCUCUGGCACUGUCGCCUUGGACACCCCGGAUCACAUGUUCUUCAGCAGGUCCUUUGUGCUUUCCAGUUUAAGUGUAAUAAGUCUGCCGCACACUCUUGUGACUCCCGUCAUCUUGGCAAGAGUACACGGCUUCCCUUUUCUUCUUAUGAACCUCACAAUUAUUUCCCUUUCCAAAUUUUACAUUCGGAUGUAUGGACCUCUCCUAUCUCUAGUCAUUCUGGAUACAAAUACUAUCUUGUUUUGCUAGAUGAUUUCACGCAUUAUGUUUGGACCAUUCCUUUAUGGCAAAA